CGCAUUACCACUGAUUCCAGUCUAAUCUCAACACUACACCUAGCAAAAGGUUAAAUUCCCCCACGCGGACACGGCUGCUCUACCCAAAACCGAUCGUCAGUUUAACCGAAUUCCCAUCUCGACUACCACUAGCAGCAGCCAGCCAACCACCGGCCCCGCCGUGAAACUCCGUCACAGCCUUCGGCGGCGCUGGCGACAUGGGGGCGCCGAGCAGCCGCGCGGUGGCCUUGGGCGCGGCCUUCCUGCUGCUCCUCGUCGCGCUCCCCUCCGCCUUCCUCUACCUCACCUCCUCCGCCUCCCCCGCCGCCUCCCGCGCCGCCCUGCUCAACCUCAAGCCCUUCUCCGCCAAGUGCCCGCCCGCCGCGGCCCCGCCACUCCGCGUCUUUAUGUAUAACCUGCCCUCGCGAUUCCACGUGGCCAUGAUGAGUGCGGACGCCGCCCCUUCCGCCUCCGGCUCCAACGCGACGACGGGGUUCCCCACGUGGCCACCGUCGUCGGGCGGGAUCAAGAGGCAGCACAGCGUGGAAUACUGGAUGAUGGCGUCGCUGCAGGACGGGUUGGGAGCAGAAGGGAGGGAGGCGGUCAGGGUGUGGGAUCCGGACGCCGCGGAGGCCUUCUUCGUGCCCUUCUUCUCCUCGCUCAGCUUCAACGUGCACGGCCGCAACAUGACUGAUCCCGAGACCGAGGCCGAUCGACUCCUCCAGGUUGAACUCAUGGACAUUCUAUGGAAGUCUAAAUAUUGGCAACGAUCUGUGGGCCAUGACCACGUGAUUCCCAUGCAUCAUCCCAAUGCUUUCAGAUUCCUCAGAGAUAUGGUGAAUGCAUCUAUUCUUAUAGUUGCAGACUUUGGAAGAUACACAGAGGAAUUGGCUUCCUUGAAGAAAGAUGUUGUAGCACCAUAUGUGCAUGUUGUGGAUUCCUUCCUUGAUGAUGAUCCACCUGAUCCAUUUGAGGCUCGUCCUACACUGCUUUUCUUCCGAGGGCGUACAGUCAGGAAAGAUGAAGGGAAGAUCCGAGCAAAACUUGUGAAAAUAUUAAAAGGCAAGGAUGGUGUGCGUUUUGAGAAUAGCUUUGCUACGGGCAGUGGCAUUAAAACAUCUACAGAAGGUAUGCGGUCAUCAAAGUUUUGUCUCCAUCCUGCCGGGGACACUCCUUCCUCAUGCCGCCUGUUUGAUGCCAUUGUCAGUCAUUGUGUUCCUGUGAUUGUCAGCAGUCGGAUUGAGCUCCCUUUUGAAGAUGAGAUUGAUUACAGUGAAUUCUCACUUUUCUUCUCAGUUGAAGAAACUCUAAGACCUGAUUACUUGCUUAACCAGCUAAGGCAGAUCCCUAAAAAGAAGUGGGUUGAGAUGUGGUCAAAGCUAAAAAAUGUCUCUCAUCACUUUGAAUUCCAGCAUCCCCCAAGGAAGGGUGAUGCUGUGAACAUGAUAUGGAGGCAGGUGAGGCACAAACUCCCUGCAGUUAAUCUUGCCAUUCACAGGAAUAGGAGACUAAAAACUCCAGGCUGGUGGGGAUGAAAAUUGGUGAAUAGUGUACAUAUAAUCAUAUCGACUGCUAAACCUUGAAUUUUUUGGCACGUGAUGAAGUGAAGCUGGUCAUUCCUUGUACACCAGGUGCUCAUCUGAAGAUCCACGGGUCUGAGUCCACAACAGUUUGCUGACGGACACUGACACUAUCAUCCUUUUUUGGUUCGUUUUGUGAUUUGCUAACAAUUUUUUUUCCUGAUGCUACAAAAUAGUGGGAACAAAUAAACUUAGUAGUAUUAUAGAAAAGACAUACCAGGCAAAAAGCAUUUGUAUCAUUUAGGAAAAGACAGCAGUAUUUGUACCAGCGUAUUGAAAGUUGCAAUAUAUUCCUGGUAGACACCGAUCCUCUC